GUACAUGCAUUUCAACGCCAGUUCACGGAUGUUAAAAUAUUCAUGUGAUUCUUCCUCAUUGGAAAUUAAGUUUCACAUGUACAGUAAUUCAUCAGUAUUUUUAGGAUAACAAUGGCAUGGCAAAAUAUCUUCCUUUUUCUCCAAAGUUAGAUAUUUAUGGAUUCAAUCGAAAAAAUAAAAAAAAUGUCACAUCCGAGUAAAACGAUUGAAGUAGAACUCUAUUGGUCAUCAACAACUGCUCUAGAAUUUACAAGCAAUUCGAGUUCAUUUGAUUUCCUGAAUGAGUCGGCCUCGUCUUCGGAACAUUGGAUGAAUAUGACAGAAGGAAAUGUCACGAUAGAUGUCUAUAACACAACACUCAGACAAACAACCGCAGGUGAAGAAUUUAAGGUAGAAGAAAUUUGGGAAUGGUUUGUGAAUCUGACUACACCCACGCAGAUAGUAGUAGGCACACUGCUGUGUCUUGUUUUGAUUCUACUGAUUGGUAUAAUAUGCUGCUGCUGUUGCAAAAGAGGAAGGUUAAGGAGAGACAUCCGGAGGAGCGAGCAAAAGAGAGUUACCUCCGAGGAGAGGCAUUACACGCUGCCAAAUCAAAUAGCCAGAUUAUCAAAACUACGUCAGAACUUCGCACGACGAAUUAGCACCCUCUGGAUGGACCGGGAAGUCGCAGACGGUGAAUCUGUAGGAAACAGCAGAAUAGCGCAGAAUUCUCCCAGAAAAGAUCGGAAUGUACGCAUGCCCUCGCCGACACCGUCCCUUACAGAUAGGCCGUACAUGGAUAUGUCGUCCUUGACCAAGGCUCAUAGAGAUUCUGAGAAUCCGAAACAUUUUGAUGAUCAUGAUGCCGUUACCACCAAAGGAUACGUUAAACCAGACCGGAAACCCCCUCCUGUGCCUCCAGUAAGAAUCCAUCCUAAACUGCAAAAUACCGACGGACACAGUAGUUUGAAAUUGAAAAAUAUUUCAAGCCCCACGGGUGAACUGGGGUAUUACAGUCCACAAAUGCCUGUAAAGUUUCAGGCUAUUUCGUCAAUGCCAGGCCCAUCGCCAUAUAGCACAUGCCAACAAUGCGCUAUGGGUCACUUUGGUCAUGGUUGUAACACUAUGAUGCAAAUGCCGAUUCAGCAUUCACCAGCCCCACAAACCAUGUACAACAAUCAAAUGUACAUACCCGAAGAGCUUUGUCACCCCGUAGGUGUCCGAACAUACAGCCCAGGUCCGGGCAUGACCGUAAGGAGUCCGCCUUGGAAAGGCAGCAUGGGCCACGUGUAUUACCACGGAAAUAUGCCCUAUAAUCAGUGUAUACCAGAAGUGACGGAAUUGAGUGAGAAUGACACUAGCGGCGGCCAGUUUUUUGGACAUCAGUAUUUACUGAACAGUAGAAGUCCACUUUUGCAUGACCAUGAAAGAAUGAAUACAAAAGCUGACAGUAAGUUAUAUGAUAAACCACUGGAACAUGAGCACACAUACAGUGACGUCACUGAAUUAGAAAUGGAACGUCAUCAAAAUCACUCUUUGAAACAAUCAUACGCACCUGAACAGCAUGUGAAACAAUCGUACGCACCUGAACCGCCUGUGAAGCCAUCUUACGCACCUGAAUCGCCCGUGAAGCAAUCGUACGAAACUGAACCGCCUUUGAAGCAAUCGUACGUAUCUAAACCGCCUUUGAAGCAAUCAUACGCACCUGAACCGCCUGUGAAGCCAUCUUACGCACCUGAAUCGCAUGUGAAGCAAUCAUACGCACCUGAACCGCCUGUAAAGCAAUCUUACGCACCUGAACCACCUGUGAAGCAAUCUUACGCACCUAAACCCCAGGUGAAGCCAUCGUACGCACCUGAACGGCUAGGCUUUAAAGAUUCACAGAAGAAACAUGUCCGCAUGUCUAUGGAUUUAAAAUGAUUUAAAAAAAGGAAACUACUUGCCCUGUCAUUGCAAAAGGUUUUCCAUACUCGGAAAAUAUUGUUUUAGCAGUAUAUCUCGAGUAUCUGGAUACUUCAUGAAUCAGAAUCUGAUUGUUAUUACCGUAAUAUAUUUUCUUGGACACGCCCCGUCUGAGCAAAUUGUAAAAGGAUAAAAAGCAUGUACUACUUUUUGUUUGUAUUAUCUUAGACGGUAUACAUUUAUUAAAGCUACGCAUCGAGGAUUUCUAGGUACAUGUAGAAAUAGCUGUGAGGUAUCUUUUGAGGUUCAGUAAGUCUUUUGGUCAUAUUGAUUACAUUUAUUUUAUAAUAAACAAGUCUGAAACGAUCUUAUUUUCAAUUCUACUUGUAUUUUUAAACAAAUAAAAUAAAAUACUUA